AUGUCGACUACGGGAGUUGCACUUCAACCGACCUUCUAUGGUCAUGUCUCCACGACUCAGGAUGCUCUGAUUCUGUUCGAGGCCUGCUUGCAAGGCCGUCUUUCGCAUGUUCCCCGCCGACUACAUGAUCGGGAACGCAGCAGUCUGAUCCGGAGCGGCUGUAUCUUCAUCUACGAAGAGAAUGCAUCUGGCAUCAAGAGGUGGACAGAUGGCGUUACGUGGAGUCCGAGUCGCACCCUUGGCAACUUCUUGGUCUAUCGCGAACUCAACAAAUGCUUCCCACCCUGCGGGAAGAAGCGAACCAUGAAAAGGCAACCAAGACGAUCGAGCCCUGGUGAGCCCUACGCACGGCCUGACGCGGGGUCCUUCUCAGAUUGCGGCAGUCAGUCUUCGCCCUAUGGCGCAGAACGAGCAGCAACUGAAGUUGAGAGACAACUCAUUGGCUCGCUCAUCGACUCGUAUGGAUUCAAACAGGAUGGUUUGGUCAAAAAGGCCAUGAGUGUCACGGUACAAGGAGAGACAUAUCGUCUCGUCAGCUACUAUAACGUCAAUGAUGUCAUCCAAAACAAUCUACAAACUCCUUCGCAAACCGAUAAUCUGCAGUACAUUCGUCCUCGACGAGAACUUACAUCCAAGCAGAGCUUCCGAUCUCUGACCGAGGGUGUGGGCGAGGUUGACGCAGCUCCCACCGCGGAUGGUUAUCUAGUAGACCAUCCGCACUACAUUCAAGAUCAUCACCAGCAACCGUAUUAUAUACCUCUAAACUAUCCGUCUAUGAAUCAGCAAGAACCCCUGCGCGGAGCGCCGUACUCUUUGGACGUGCUUUUCACCAGUGGCUCUUACAUCGAGUCACUAGUCCCGGCCUCAAGGAUUCAUACACCUCGCAACGACUAUGGCCAGUAUGAUCAAUCCACGUACCACAGAAACUAUGAUUCAUUGAACAACUCGAUUCCCCCUAUACCAACGACGAUACGGUCUGUAGUGCCUGACAGGUGUCAAAUUCAAUUGGGCAUGUAUCCUGCUAUGAACAUGCAACGCUCUGUUAACAAUCUCAGCCACACGUCAAUAGUUUCGAGAAGCAGAGUUCCCCACCCAGCAAAUCAUGAUCCCGUCAAACCCAGCCAUACAGCCAUGGACCGGUCUCGCCAGAGUCCGUCCUUUCCCGGUCAGGCCAAAUACGAGGAUCGAUGGGACGUCCAGCUCCCGACAACGAAUGAGAAUCUCCUAUCCAAUCAGCAACUGUCCCAUCUCUAUGGCUCAACGCCAGGUUAUUAUCCGAAUAGUGCUGGAAAAUCCGUGGGGUCAUCGCAAUAUUCUCAAUCGGGACAACUAGGACAGUGGCAAGGGACAAGAACCAUCAGUUCUACACGGCAGUACUCCGGAUGA